AUGGCAGAGAUUCUUGUCACUCCACUCUCGCUAUGGCCAAGACCAACAAUGAGCAAAGGACCUGGACUCUUUGCCGAUAUCGGCAAGAAAGCCGAAGAUUUGUUGACCAAGGAUUACGAUUCUGAUCAGAGAUUUAGUGUCACUACUUAUAGCAAUGCUGGAGUGGCACUCAGAUCUACAGCUGUGAAGAAAGGAGGGCUCUCAGCUGCGGAUGCUGUUGCCCUGUACAAGUAUAAUAACGCUACAUUUGAUGUUAAAGUUGACACAGAGUCCAAUAUAUCAACAACCAUGACGUUCACUGACUUCCUUCCAUCAACAAAGACUAUUGCUUCCAUCAAAUUUCCUGACUACAAAUCUAGCAAGUUGGAGGCUCAAUAUUUCCAUGAUCAUGUAACUUUCACCACCACUGUUGCUUUGAACCAAUCUCCAUCGAUUGAUGCUACAGCCACCAUUGGUACCCCAACGGUUGCUUUUGGUGCAGAGGCAGGCUACGAUACUACUUCUGGUAGUCUCACAAAGUACACUGCUGGCAUCAGUGUGACCAGACCUAAUUCUUAUGCUUCAAUAAUUUUAGGUGACAAGGGAGAUUGUAUUAGAGCAUCGUACGUUCAUCAUCUAGAUCUGCUGAAAAAGAAUGCUGCUGUUGGAGAGAUCACUAGAAGGUUUUCUACUAAUGAGAAUACUUUUACUCUUGGAGGAUCAUUUGCCAUUGAUCACCUGACAGUGGUGAAAGCCAAGCUCAACAACCAUGGAAAACUUGGGGCAUUGGUGCAGCAUGAGGUUAUACCAAAGUCGGUGCUGACAAUCUCUAGUGAGGUUGACACUAAAGCCUUGGACAAAAAUCCUAGGUUUGGGCUGGCAAUUGCUCUCAAGCACUAA